AUGGCCUCGGAGUCCCUCAUUCUCACUACCACAGAAGAACAGCACAAAGACGUCACAGUGGGGACCAUCACAUGCACUGCACCUAUCCCAUUUGGAGGAGACGAACAAUGGCUUUACCUACCCGCAACCAAGAAGUUCGAUCUAUCUCGCGGGUCGCAGCAGAGAAUGGUCUUCGAGUGCGAUGAAGAAGAUCGCAACCACACCGGCUUCAUGAUCGACCCUGGUACCUCGGUCUUGAUUGUUGUCGACAUGCAAAACUACUUUGUUCACCCAGUUUAUCGAGAUCACGCAGCAGGCAUUGCCGCCAUUGCACCGACACUGAAAGUUAUUGAGAGAUGUCGUAAGGAAGGGAUUCAGAUCGCCUGGCUCAAUUGGGGAAUCAGUGACCAUGACUUGAAGAAGAUGGCACCUGCUAUCCAGCGAGGCUUCAGCAAGAGUCUAGGAUGGCACGUCGGGCUCGGCGCCCAGCUACCCGAUGAUCAGGGAAGGUGCUUGUUCAAGCGGACCUGGAACGCCGAACUCUACGACCCUUUCAAAGCAGUCGCUCAGCCUGGCGAUUUGUUCUUUGACAAGACGCGCAUGAGCGGACUCUGGUCUGAGAAGGAGCCUCUACACGAGUACCUCCGUGCAUCCGGCAAGCAAACCCUACUUUUCGCUGGCGUCAACACCGACCAGUGCGUAUUCGGCACCGUGUCUGAUGCCUACUCCUACGGAUGGGACUGUGUCCUGAUCCGCGACUGCACAGGCACGAUGACGGGCCGAGGGGCUCAGGAGCUUGCCGAGUACCAAAUCUCACAGAACAUGGGGUUCGUCACCACCAGCAGCGCUUUCUGUGAGGCGCAGAUUUGUGACCAUUUUGAGGGUUGCUGA